UUGACAAGUGGAUCGGCAGUUGGGGCUAACAAUAGGUGUCUUUUUCAAGUUUAAAUAAGUUGUAUUUUGUAGUUACGGACGACGUCAUAUGUAACAGCUACUGGAGUUUUUGUGGUAGAAGCAGAGUCUUUCGUUGAACUCUGCAGUCCGGACAAUGAUCGUUAAUGUUAUCACCUGCUGCCUCCUCUCAGCCGUGUGUCUGGAGGCCUCUGAAAUAAUCCACGUGAGUGGGUUCUUGGGAGGAGAGGUCACCAUCCACUGCUUUCAUGAACGUUCCCAAAACAGCAGUAAAUAUUUCUGCCAGGGGACUUGUCUGCCGGAGCAUGUCCUGGUCAAAAUGCAAGGGCGUGGCGGUUACAUACAGAAAGAGAGGUACAGUUUAGAGGACAGGGGAGACGGGCUGUUCACUGUGACCGUCACAGGGCUGGUGGUGGAAGAUUCUGGAACGUACUGGUGUGGAGUGGGAAGGGCUGCCCACGCCUCGCUUCAGGAAAUCCAUCUUACUGUCAGCGGGCGUGUGCCGUCUGUGGAAUCUCCAGCCGCUCUGCCUGGUCCGUCUCCAGAAACAGUCCAACCAACACAAGGAUCAACAGAGGGGAGCAACAGAGGGCUUCAUUCACAGUCUCUGCUGACAGGCACCUCCGUGGUGAUCCUUGUGUGUGUGAGUCUGGCUGUGUUGGUGUUCGCCGGCAUCCCUGUUAUAUUCUACAGACACUGGCAGAAUGACAUCACACCAGGGUCAAUUUCUAAUGAUGCAAAUAAAAAAAGUACUGGCGAGGUUGAUGAUGAAGAAAAUAUUACCUCUACCCAGAAUGCAACGCAAAACUAGAAACCAUUGCUCAUGACCUUGACCCCAACCAAUCAGCCAAUCAGGCUCUGGAUCCCAAAGCAGUGGAAAGGGUGACGACAAUAUGACAACCACUGUCUCUGUCUGGGAAGGAGAGCUUCUUCGAACCAAUAACUAAUGUAGACCAUCAUUUAUUAAAUGCAUUUUUACCUUUGUGAUUAUGUGUGUCUCCUCAGCUAAAAUGAACAUGGUAACAUUAUCACACUCAACCACCCUCAGACAUCUCCAUUUAAACAUGUUCUGUGUCAUUGAACAACCUUGAGGUCUUUCAUUAUUUCACAAAAUGAAAUUACAAAAUGCGUAAUAUUGAUCUGGGAAAAUCUGUUUGGGUUAGCCACUGUAACGCUGCUAUAAUUUCCUC